AUGAAUAAUGAAAAUGAUGAUGUAAAAAAAUUCAAAGGUAGACCUCUAUUUGAAAACGUGCACAAAGUGAAGCAAACAAGUUUACUUUCUCACAAAUCAUUAGAAAUUGAUAUGAAAGGUUUCUUGAACCUGGUGGUCAUAAUAAUAUGCACAGUAAAUUUUCGGUUAAUUUUAGAAAGAAUAAAGAAGCAUGGUUUUGUUAUGAAUUUUCCCCAAUGCACUGAUUUUAUUAAAAACGCUCCUAUAUUUGUUUGUUUUUUUUGUUUAAAUAUAAGUAUUUUUUUUAGUUGGUUUAUAGAAAGGCAUGUAACCAGUUGGUUCUUAUAUUAUAGUGUUAAUGAUGAGGUAGCUAAUGCAGAAUUGGUUAGUGCAGAAUUGGUUAAUGCAGAAUUGGGUAAUGCAGAAUUGGGUAAUGCAGAAUUGGGUAAUGCAGAAUUGGGUAAUGCAGAAUUGGGUAAUGCAGAAUUGGGUAAUGCAGAAUUGGGUAAUGCAGAAUUGGUUAAUGCAGAAUUGGUUAAUGCAGAAUUGGUUAAUGCAGAAUUAGUUAAGGAUAAGACCUCUGAUCGCUUCCUCCAGGACAGGAAAAAUUGCAACAUGAAGGAGUUAACAAAUUGUGGAUUUCUGGAAGAUAUAAGUUGUUCGAGAGCUAGCGAUGAGGUUACAAAUGAUGGAAGUGUGCAAAGCAGUGGUAAUAAAAGUCCCGCAAUGAUUAGAUGUAGAAAGAAUGUAAAAAAGAUCUACGAAGAGGAGAUGGAGAAGAAAGAAAAGGAUUUUUCAAAUGAAGGAACAUAUCAAUAUAUAAAGAAUAGAAAUGUUUAUGAAAGGGAUAAUAAAAAUGGAAGUAAGAAAAGAAAAGGUUGGAAGAACUUCCAUCUAUCUAUUUUUUUAUUAAGAUGCAUAAACAGCAUAUUCAUCCUAAUUUUGCCUUAUUUAACCGUGACUUACUAUGAUGCAGAACCGUUUCUGUCAUCAAUCCUGUUAACCAUAUCGAUAGUAUGGUUUUUCAAAAUAUAUUCAUUUCAUCAAGUAUGUUACGAUACUAGAAAAUUAUAUAUAGAUGAAGUGAAUUUGGAAAAUAUAAAAGAUUUAUCAUUUGAAAUUGAAUAUGUAAAAAAUUAUCCAUAUUGUUUAAAACUAAAGAAUUAUUUCACUUACAUGCUGAUGCCAACUAUGUGUUUUCAAUACACAUACCCAAGAACAGAAAAAACAAAUUGGUUACACGUAGCAAAAUAUUCAGUUGAAGCAAUUCUAUUAACACUAAUGAUAAGAAUAAUACUAGAUCAGUACAUUUUUAUAACGAUUGAAAAUACUUUUACUAUGAAAGAAUUUCAGUCAGCUCAAUUUACUGUAAAAGUGACACAUAUAAUUGAAAGGAUGCUAAAAAUAUCUAUAGGGACAUUAUACAUUUGGCUUAUCGGAUUUUUAGUAGUAUUUCAUCAUUGGUGUAAUAUAUUAGCAGAGGUAACUCGAUUUGAUGAUAGAUUAUUUUAUAAAGAUUGGUGGAAUGCUAAUUCUUUUGCUGAAUAUUGGAGGAAAUGGAAUUUACCGAUUCAUUAUUUUGUUUGUCGACAUAUUAACAAACCAUUAAUUUAUUACGGAUUUAACAGAAAAUGUUCUAUGAUUAUCGUUUUUUUCAUUUCAGCUUUAUUACAUGAAUACCUAAUUAGUAUACCUCUAAAGUUGGGAUUCUCAGGUUACAUUUUCUUUUUUUUUAUUGGACAAGUUCCAUUAAUACAGUUGACCAAUAAUGAUUAUUUUAAAAAACACAAAACCACUGGAAAUUCAAUUUUCUGGAUAGUCUUCUGCAUAACUGGUCAACCCCUCAUAGUCUUUAUUUACUAUUACUCAUGGAUUAGUCGAAAGGGAAUUCUACACCGAUGA